GUAUCCAAACACUUACGGAAGGCCAACAACCUCCAAAAUAGAAUUUGACAUCCAUUCAGACGUAGGAGAGAAUAGUCCCAAGCUUAUGAUACCUUCCACGCUCACUGAUUCAGUAAAUUUCAGCAAUUCUUCCUCAACAAUUCCACCAUCGAAUAAUCAUCAAAGAUUUAAAGAUCUUUUAAUAUUUGAGGAAAGACUUAAACAGAAUUUACAUCAAUUACAGAGAAGAAGUUACAAAUAUGAAGGUGACUUAAUGAGUUAUUAUUAA